AUGCCGCGCACACCUGUAGUGGUGGACGCCCUGCGUCAAGAGCGUCAUGGCUCUCCCGGCGCCUUGCCCAACCGCAAUAGCUUCAUGUCCGUGCGCUCUUCUGUCAAGAAUAUCAUGACCUCAUCUGUGGCCGAGAUUGCCGACAAGCCCAUCGCCACUGGCGGCGGCCUCUCAUGCUCCAUAUUCCUGGCCGAGCCCACCGUCUUUCUGACCGGCUUCGACCACGAAGGUCAGGCGUCCCGUCGGAGCAACAAUGGCACCGCUCUGUUGCGUGGCACGCUGCUGCUGAACGUGACGAAGAACAUCAAGAUACGGGCCGUUACUCUUAAGCUGCACGGCACCGCACGCACCGAAUGGCCGGAGGGCAUUCCGCCCCUGAAGCUCGAGCUCUACGAAGAAGAGUCGCUGCGCACCCAGGCUCUGACCUUCUUCCACGCCAUGCACGAGUCCUGGGAAACGCCCUACGGCAACCAAUGCACCUACAGACUCAAGGGACCCACUGACAGCCCUGCCUCGACCGGCAUGACCGCCAAGGAGAUCAAGCGCCUCUCGCUGCAGCAGGUGCAGUCGCGGAGCUUUGGCAAGGGUGAUUCGCCCUUGGCCCAUCCCGUCCAGGCGAAGGGCUUCAAGGUCUUCGCCCCGGGCACCUAUGAAUACUCGUUUGAGCUGCCCAUCGACCACCACCAGCUCGAGUCGAUCAAGCUGCCGUACGGCUGUGUCAAGUGGGAGCUCCAAGCGAUGGUCGAGCGUGCGGGUGCGUUCAAGCCGAAUCUGCACGGCGCUAAGGAGGUCAAUAUCAUCCGGGUGCCCGACCAGCUGUCGCUCGAGACGGUCGAGCCCAUCUCCAUCAGCCGCCAGUGGGAGGACCAGCUGUUCUACGACAUUGUGAUCUCGGGAAAGUCCUUCCCCAUUGGCGGCAAGAUCCCCAUCGCCUUCAAGCUGACGCCGCUGGCCAAGGUGCAGCUGCACAGGCUGAAAGUCUUCGUCACGGAGUCGGCCGAGUACUGGACCAACAAUCGUCGCGUUACUAGGAAAGACCCCGGGCGCAAGAUCCUGCUGUUUGAGAAGAGCGCUGGCAAGCCGCUGGAAGACAAGUAUGCCAGCAGCGAGAUCAGCUACAUGAGCGGCGGAGAAUUGUCUCCGUCAGAGCGUGCUGAAGCCCGGGCCACGGCUGCUCGUCGCCGUGCGGCGGAGGCUGCGGGCACGCGCAGCAGCCCUAUGCCAUUGCCGGAGCCGUCAGAGAACCUGCUGGGCGACCUGGACCUGGGACUGGAGGCGUACUGGGGCGCCACCGAGAUUGAGAUGAACGUGCAGAUCCCGACAUGCGACCAGAUGGCUAAGAACCCAAUGCUCCGUCUGCAUCCCGACUGCAGUUGGCGCAAUGCCAACGUCUACCACUGGAUCAAGGUGGUCAUGCGAAUCUCACGUCUAGACGCAGACGAUCCGGAGGGAAAGCGUCGUCGCCAUUUUGAGAUCAGCAUCGACUCCCCGUUUACGAUCCUGAGCUGCCUGGCGACACAGGCGAAUACAGCUCUGCCUCAGUACUCGGGCAUCAAUCCGUCGGUAGUAGCCCAGCAUCGCGCGUCGGCCACGUGUGGGUGCCACGAUGCCCCCAGCACACCCACGCCGGCCAGCCGGACGACAUCGUUCGACCUGAGUCUGGGGACACAGCAACAGCACAUGCCGAUGCCUCCUCAGGCCGCCCACCUGCAGGCACAACAGGUGGACACGCCGGGUGGCGACAGUCGCUCGAUGACAGACGGUCCGGCCAGCGACAGCCAGGACCGACAGCGGACGGCACACAGCGACCAAGAGGGCUUUGAAAACCCGCGGCCCAUCCAUCUGCUGCGGGUUCCGUCGUUUGCUCCGCCGGCCUUUGACGCAGACGACUCCCCCCCGAUUCCAAUGGACAUCACCACUCCGCCGCCCAACUACGAUGCCAUUAUCGGGACGCCCAGCGUCGACGGCCUGGCCGACUACUUUUCGCGGCUCGCCACGUACGAGCACCCAGACGCUGUGAUUGAAGACGACUCGGACAGUGACAGCGACAACAUGCACAUGCCGACGCGCAUUGCGUCUCGUGGCGGGCGUGUGAAUGUGCGCACGCCGGGAGCUCGCCAUGGCCCAAGCAGGAGCAUGGACAUUGAGCGGCCGACGGUACCAAUCCACUUAUCCAUGGCCAGUGUGCUUCGACGAACGGCGGAGUAG